UGCUGUUUUUGCUUUCUCCAACCAGCGGACAGACAAAUCAGGCAAACUUCGUGCGGACUUCUAACACCAAAUGCAAACACGAUGGACGACGAUCACACUCCCCUUCCACUUCACAACAACCACAACCAUACCAAUGACACAGCCAUUCACCACAAUGGCGGCGAUGCGGAUGUUGCUUGUCUUGUCAACGAGACAGCCAAUGCGAAUGAUCCCGUUGUGACCCUGCCACAGGACAACGAACCUACGACUGCAGUCCACACGUCCAGGGAACAUGCUUCUGCUUUGCGCAAUGAUGCAUCCACGGAACAACAGGCAGCCGAUACAGCUUUGACUACCGCUAUUGCGAGCCCCAACGGUGAUGAUACGAACGAGAAAUCCAGUAGAUUGCCUACGACGGAAGAGGACAAACAGCAGCCCUCGUUUAUUGCUGCCGAAGCAAAGCAAGGCCACCAAGUGGACGGCAAUGACAAGGUUGAGGAACCGCACGCAAGGAACCGACAACAUCAGAUGAACCUCCAAGAGGGAGCUGCUAGUUUCGAAAUCACCGAUGCUGUGUCCAAGAAAGACACUGAUCCUCAGCAUGAGCCUUUGGAAGAUUUCAUUGCAAAUGACAUGCAGAUUGCAACGGCUGCUCAGACUACUAAAGCCCCUGCUGACAAGCGACAAUCCACAACAGAAGCAAUGGAAACAACAGAGAUAGCAACUGCAGCAGAUACAGCAUCGACAGAAGUAGUCACUGAAACCGUAACAGCUGAAGCAGAAGGAGAGGCUACAACUGCAGCUCCAGAGGCAACAAUUACCGAGCGUCCACCCACUGGCGCUUCAGAUACGGCACCAUUGCCACAACCAGUGACUCACGACACUAACAAUAACACAACGCAACCGUCACCAAGCACCAUGGUCCGAGGAGGACCGCUGCCUCUCAUUUCUGAACAAUCGCACAUUCCAUUCUUGACAGAAAACAACCAUCAGAGACUCCGAAGGGGGUGGAUUCACCAUCUGCUACAUGAACUACCAGAUGACUUGCAAGACUUGGAAUCAGAACAAUGGAAGGAUGGAAAGUACUUGCUCAAAACAUUCAUGGUGUACAAUCGGAAAUCAGAACGAUUGACCAAAGCCAAAAUACAAAUACCACAUUGUCUUCUCUUCAGCGCCAAAACGAUACAGGAUAGACUCACCGUGGUCAACUUUUGGUUGUCAAAUACCAAAGAAAAGCAAACACACAUGGUGCGCAACCGUGAAGAAGGAUUGCUCAAAUACUAUAUGCAACUCAAGGAUACACGUGAAAACACAUUUCGACAAGCGUACAUUUCGGGAAAUCCGAUUCAGCAAAAGAAAAAGGCGCAACUACAACAAAUGCUCACGACAGGCCGUUCAUCGCAACCGCCCAUUGCUGUGCGGCCCGUGGAUGAGCAACGCGAGGUCCACGUUGACGAGCACUCCACUUGUCUCGAUUACAUUCUACGACCCGGUAUCAUCUGCGUACCCUGCGAUCAAUUCCGACAACGAUUCUUGCCACCCCAUCAUCGCGACAUUGUCGACUUGUGGCCGCUCUACAAGGAGCGACGCAAGGAAGUUGUAGCCAAUGAGACAAUCAACACCGAGGAACAGUACACGUGUCAACAGCUCUUUGAUACGACCAAAGAAGUGGGACGGGGAGCUGGACACAAGAAACGACGAGUCCUUGAUUUCAUCCAGGGGCAUAGGACUGUACAAAAGGCUCCCUCCUUGCUGGAAUACGAACGCAAACGCAUGGCACGACCCUGCUUUGGAUUGUCGGGAGAUGCAUUUCGGUGUCUGAUUCUACAAGCAUCCGAGCAAGCCAAUCGAUUGGCCGUGGAGCAGGAUGAAAUCAUCCCUGAUACUUUUCCUCUUCCAACUUGCUACCACAAUCGAACCGGGUUUGAAAAUGUCCUUGUCCGCAAAGAAGAAAGACUAGUCAGAACGUACAGUCGCAAGCGAAAUCGCAACAAGGAUGACGCAAACAACAUAGACGGGGCUGCUAACAUGGAUGGUGAGAAUGCUCCCGAGGACGAUGACAACAACAACAACAACAACAUGGACUCCGCGCCAAAAAAGGGCAAGUACCAUUAUGUCAUUCGCUCCAAAGACUGCAAGUUCGAAGUGGAUACGCAAAAGGGACACAAACUCUGUAAGGCUUGCACCGAGGCUGCCGUCAUGGUGCGAUCCGUAGCGCGAGAUGCUGGGAAAGAGUUGAACUUGACUAAGGGGGCAGCACUGACCAAGUUGGACGUCGCAAAAUUGGUGACGAGUCCCGAUCUUAUCGAGUCGACCAUUCGCAUGCUACGGCAACAGCGCGCUAAGGACCUCAAAAUGUGUCGCAAGGAACUGCAGCGGCUCCGAGACCGCACCGGAAUUACCAAACAGGUUCGUCGAAAACCAGGCACUUCGGGAGCAAUGGUACAUGUAGCACCGCCCGAUCCGCAACAACAUCAACGCACGGCGGUCGAGCAGAUUGUGCCGCAUGAUCACCUCAUGCACCACCACCAUCAUCAUCCGCAGCCACCACCACAACAGAUGCCACCACUUCCACCGGUCGUGCCUACCAUGGCCGGCUAUCGUCGAUUCGGAGGGUAUCAUCGUGAACAUGACGAGCCCCUGUAUGACUCGGAUGACCAGGAACCCCAACAGCUUCAUCAUCAACCACAGCCUCUCCAUCACCAUCAACAACAUCUGCAACAGCCGCAGCAGCAUCAACAACAGCAACAACAACAGCAGCAGCAGCAUCAAGAUUACAACCGAAGACAGACGAGCAAUCUACGAAACACUGGUCAUGCUCGUGUAUUGCCUCGCGGUGGUUCAUCGCCCAACAAACGAGCCCGGCAUCAGUAUUGAGUGGCUGACAAUCUACGGGCAGGUCAAUUUUGUCUUUUGCCACGGAUUGCUUUCAUUCAUCUAACCACAUACAGUACUGUGUAGGAGCUACUAGAAUGCAGGGACGUUCAAGUCCGUUUUGAUGAUUACACGUUUCUGUCCUUGGCUACUAGCUAGACUAGUUAGAUCAACUGAAUGAAGUACGAUCGUUUACCACUCGUGCUGCAAUUUGAGUUUGCUCGCGCUAGAGUCAAAAGAGUGAUCAUGCUGCAGGGGCCCGAUACCUAGCGCCCGUCUGUUUGCCAAGCCUCUGGAAGGGACAAAAAUAGCGAAAGCCACUCUAGCUAGCUAGUAGCUAAAAGCGUUUGGCGGAAAUAUACCGUGACCAGGGCUAGAGUGCGCACAGUUGUCC